AUGGAUUUGCAACGCACACCGCCUACAUGUAUACCAAAGUGUACAUCUUCGCCGGACUUGUCUUCGAUAGAUGAUAGCUGUUUCGUGGGUAUGCGUAACAAAGAGCUGAUGCGCAAACGCAAACGAGACUGUGACGAAGGGUAUCACUUCACGACGAUGGAAGAAAAGUUCAAUGAACACGUUGCAGCAUGGUGCUGCAAAGCUGACGAAUCUAUCAGUAAUACGGUUUCAACCGCAAUCAAAACGGCGCUGUCAAAUGAAUUAUUAAAAGUUACUGCAAGCCUUGCUGAUAUUAACUCAACAGUCCUCGGCCUACGCUCGGAUAACUCGUCUAUCAAAGACUCCUUAAAUGACGUGAAAGAGCGGCUAUAUGAAAUGGAUAAAUCUAUGUGUGCUGCAAGUGAUCGCCAGGACUUAUUCGAUACCCGGCUAUGUUCGCUAGAAAAACGCAAUGCGCUUACAGAAACCCUACCGGAACAGCUGCUUAAACUAGAGAACAAGAUGGCGGCCAUGGAGCAGCAAUCCAGGGAAUGUAAUAUUGAAGUUGCUAAUCUACCUGAGCGGCGCAAUGAAAACCUAGUCGGUAUGAUAAUAAAUUUGGGAGCAGCAGUAAACUGCCCGAUUACACCCGCCAACAUUAUUGCAGUCCACAGAGUACCACAUGCAACCACCCAGUCCCGACCCAAGAACGUGAUUGUCAAGCUUUCCAGCAGAAUUUUACGUGAUAAUAUCAUAGCAGCCUGCCGUGCUAAAAGAUACCUGAACACUGAGCAUCUCCUGAUUACCGGUACCAGACAAGCUAUAUAUGUCAAUGAGCACCUUACCUUGAUGAACAAAUUACUUUUUCGUGAGUGCCGGGAACACGCAAAGAAGCAUGAUUACGCAUAUACUUGGGUUAAGCACGGCACUAUACUGGCUCGCAAGACUGACACGUCACCCGUCUUGGCUAUACGGACAAAAGAAGACAUCGUCUCGAAGCUUAAAUAA